AUGGAUAAAGGGCUAAAAGGAGAUAGCAAGCAUGAAUACAACAGAGAUCAAGAUGAAGGUGGAGUGACAGUGCAUAUCAGCAAAGGCAUGACCAUGAAGAAAGAAGGGCAAGUGGUGGAAGCUUUUUUGAUAGGAGUGUUUCUUGGGAUGUGUUUCCAGGAGUUUCUGACUGGCAUCAGCUUUGAUUCAGGGAUAAAUUUCUACUUCCUGGGCAAAAUAGAGGCAAGUGGGCCAAAAAAGAAAGCUCAAACUAACUCGUUCUGGCUGUGUUCAGCAGAGGUCCUGUAUCCUGGAUGUGAAUUUUUGUUUCUUCAGGCUUCCACGAUGUUUGCCCAGUGCACCCGGAAGUGUGCGAGCUCCGUGCUGCUGGUAGCACUGCUGUGCUGCAUCCUUUCUCCUCCAGCACAAGCCAGCAAGAGCUCAGAGGACAUCCGCUGCAAGUGCAUCUGUCCCCCGUACCGGAAUAUCAGUGGGCACAUUUACAACAAGAAUGUGUCACAGAAGGACUGCAACUGCCUGCAUGUUGUGGAGCCAAUGCCGGUGCCAGGGAAUGAUGUGGAGGCCUACUGCCUGCUGUGCGAAUGCAAGUAUGAGGAGCGCAGCACCACCACCAUCAAGGUGAUCAUCAUCAUUUACUUGUCCGUGGUGGGGGCACUGCUGCUUUACAUGGCUUUCCUUGUGCUGGUGGACCCUCUGAUCCGGAAGCCAGAUGCUUAUACCCAGCCCCUGCACAAUGAGGAGGAGAAUGAGGAUGCUCGCUCCUUGGCUGCAGCCCCCACCCCGUCUGGCGCUAGAGCCAACACGGUACUGGAGAGGGUGGAGGGGGCCCAGCAGCGCUGGAAGCGCCAGGUGCAGGAGCAGAGGAAGACAGUUUUCGACCGCCACAAGAUGCUGAGCUAGAUCUUUGCUGAGCUAAGCGGCACCACUUCCCAAGAGACAGGGUAGCUCCGCUGGUCGAGAGGGACAGCGAGUCAUCCUUCAGGACAUCCGUGGUGUUUGACUGAAAGCUCUAACCCUCUCUGAUUUACCGUCUUCACAGAGAGAAGCAGACCAAAAUGCUUGCCUCUGGUUUUGUCCCCUUGUCCUUUACCUCUCAGCCCAGAGGCUCCUUAACCCUUUGCCCAGCUGAGAUCUGCGCUGAUCAUUAGCCCCAUGGCUGCAUGUAAAUGGUCAGUCGGAUGCAGCACU